AUGGCGCCAUCCGACGGGCGCGGGGCCCGACCUCCCCUCCUAGCCUUUUUCAGCCGCGGCCCCGCCACCGUCUCGUCUUCUCUGUCCGAUUCUGUCGCCAUCACCGACGGCGAUCCCGUGCCCGACUCCCCGGGCGAGGACGGCAGUAUUGCGUCGUGGCUGGCUUGGAGCACUUGCAGGCUCAUUGGUGUGGUGACAUCCGACUCGCUGGUGGAGCGCGUGCCCACCAACGUGCCAAUCACGGGCUGGAGCGCGUCGGAGCUCCCGCAGCUGGAAGAGCGGCUGCGGGCAAAGCUUCAGAACGCCGGCCCACCGACGCCGACGCAGCGGCACGCGGUGCCGGUCGGCCUCGCCGGCCACGACCUCAUCGUCAACAGCGGCUCGCACGACGUGCUCGCGCUGAUGCUGCCGCUCCUCUCGCCGCUGAUGGCCGACGAGACCGUUCCCGCUGUGGCCUCGCCCACCGCGAACGGGGCCUCGAGCGGCGACGGCGCGGGCGGUGGCGGCGCGCUGAGUCGGCCUCGCGCGCUCGUGAUCGCGCCGACGCGUCCGCUCCUCGCCGCGGCGGAGGAGUGCGCCGCCUCCCUCACGCGAGGCUCCGGCGUACGGUACGCGGUCGCGGGCGGGUCCGCCGAGUGGGAGGAGACGCUUGCCGCGCUGCGCGUGGCGGGCACCAGCCUCGUCCUCGGCUCUCCUGGCCGGCUGCUCGACUUGGUCGGCUACCUCGCGGUGCUAGCCCUCGACCAGGUGGCUUGCGGGAGGGCGGGAGGAGGCGAGGCGGGGCUGUCGCACGAGACGCGAGGCUUGUGCUCGCUGCUCGCGCCAGGCCGCACACUCUUAGCUUGCCUCCUCGUGCGCGCGUCCGCCAUCCGCGUGGCGUCUUCCGACGCCGAGCAGGGCGCGCUCUCCUCGAGGCUGGUGACGCAGCGCGCCGUCUACGCGGUCGACGGCGGGAGGAUGGACAAGUUCGCCCAGAUCGCGAGCAGCUCCGGCCUCGUCCUUUGCGUCGCGCGGCAGCGGCAGGACUGCGAGCUCCUCUCCUUUCGGCUCCGCGACGAGGGCUUGCCCGUGGCGGACGCGUCUGCGGAGCGGCUCAAGCCGCGGGAGCGGGAGGCGCUCCUCUCUUCCUUCGCCAGCGGCGAGCCGUCUGCCCCUCGCCCUCCGCACACGCACGACCAGACGUGCGGGCUGAGGCGCGGAGGGCACGUCGGAUCCGUCACCACGAUCGUGGGCGACGCGGACAGCGGCGACGCGCUGUGCCGAGUGGCGGCGGCGAUGCGGGAGGCGCGGCAGGAGGCGCGGCGACCCGCCAAGCCGACCGCGUAA